GCUUUAAAACAUUGGACUUGACCAUCUUGAGUUUAGAAGGAGGUGGAGGUGGGGGCGCGUAAAGUGUGCUCCUUCUUUGGAGUCAUGUUACGCACAGGCAUGGAGCCGUAGCGCCUGGGAGGGACUUUUUACAUGUGCACAUAACUGUUGCUCUCGACUGUCUGUCUGUCUGUCUGUCUCGCUCUCUCUCUCAGCUCGGGGCUCUUUGGGGGCAGCACAGAUCCUGCGCUUGCGUGAAGACUCACCUGCAGUUUCAUACUUACUGAGAGUUAACGUUAGAGCCUCCAGUGUUAGAGUUGUCCUCAGUGUUAGAGCAAUCUUAUAUUCUUCAGUUUUGGAGUUGUCCUAAAUUGUAAAAAUGUUGGGGAGCGGGAAGUCACCGGCCAGCAAUCCCAAGGAUCAGAGGAGAAAAGUUGCCGAGAAGAGCGUGGACUCCAUCAGGAGGCUCGGUAAGGAAACUUUCACAAACUUAUCUGCCUUACAUUACAAAAAUACACCUGAGCAUUAACGACUCUAACACAUAAAACUACACCUUUAGUUAGUUUGUAGUAUUUUCUUGAACGCACAUAGUUAUACAAGUUAAUUUGACCUGUUACUGAAGGAGUUAUAGUGGAAUCUUAGAAAACUGCAACUUUUAUUUGACAUCAAAAUUUUUGUGGUUGUGAUGAAAUUCCUAUGAUAUCAACACUACCAGACAAAAAUCGACAACAAAAUUUCCAGGUUUUAUUGAAACCCAAGCCAUUAAAAAUCACUGAAUAGCUUGAAAUGGUAAAAGUGAAGCUAGAGGAUAAGGUUAUCCAAAAGUGACAAAAUGAUGUGCAUUUCAGAAUGAUACUAAAAGGCCUUUCUCAGGGAAUAAGGAAUGGGUCAUCAAUUAAAAGGAGUUCUGCAGCAAUGGAGGUUGAUCAAGCUUUGAAUGGACGGAAUGGCGAGAAAAAUGCUGGUAAAAGUGGAAAAGAAACAAACCAUAACACUCAAACAUGUAGAUCUUUCCCAUAGAGAAAUUGUGGCAAAAGACAACGUGUCGGUGUGUACAGUUUUCUUAACCAUCAAAAGGCUCUUCUAAGAAACGGGGGGGACUAUGACAGGAAGAGGUCAGGUAGACCCAAAGUCACAGCAAAUUCAGAAGACAGGUUUCUGAGAGUCAGCAGCUUGUGUGAUAGGCUGUUCACAAGACAACAGCUUUAAGCACAAGAAAGUCAUUACUAAGACAUCAGAAUAAGGAAAAGAGGCUUGUUUGGGCCAUAAAACACUGCAAAUGGACUACUGAAGACGAAGGUGGAUGAAGGUGUUAUGAACUGAUGAAUCAAAAUCUUAACUCUUGGGUUAAUCAUGCAGGAUUUUCGUGUAGGCGAAACAAUAGUUCCUCACAGUGUGUGGCAUCAACUGUCAAACAUGGAGGAGGGAGGGUGAUGGUCUGGGGCUGGUUUACUCGGUCAGAGUGAGAGGCACCCUGAACCAAAACAACUACAACGGCAUUCUGCAGUACCAUGCAGUACCCUAUGGUAUGUGCCUAGUUGGUCAGGGGUUCAUCCUACAGCAAGACAAUACCCUAAAACUUAAGUCUAAGAUGGUGAGCUUGAAAACAUGGAGAGGCCAGCACAGCCUGAAUGAACAUGAAACUGCAAAAUUUUCAACAAAAAAAUGGGAAAAACUGUGGUGCUAUUAAAAUUUUGACCAAUAGUGUACAUACUUACUAACUUUGGAAUAAUUGCAUUCAUUUUUUAUAGAUGAUAGACUAAUGACCUGCUUCAUCCUUGUUAAUUUUAGAGUUGGGUAAAGCACACACACAUACACAAACACACACACAUAAACAAACACACUGAGAAGAGCUGUAUUUACCGUCUGGCCAUGCACCUUUUGCCUGGUGCCUGUUUGGUGCCAGGGGUCAAAGGUCAAAUAACAGGGAGGAUUGUAUGAUGAAAACAUUUUAAAAAAGAGGCCAAUAAGGAGAUAGUGACAGCUCUCUGACACAUCGCACACAACUGGGUUUGUCAGCGUGUGCGUGUAGGUGUAGCAGUUUAAGUGAUCAUGUUUUUUACAGAGAGCUGAUCUAUUAGCGCACUGCAUGUGUGAUUCAGGCUUCUCACUCAUCCCAUCCCAUGUAGCUCACUCCCUCUCAGGCCAACAUGAGCCCUCUCAGCUCACAGUCACACCUCCCCCAAAAUAGACACCUGCUGAGCACAGACAGAGCACCUGUCAGAGUCCCUGACAUGAAAAGACUGGGAAUGUCAAAAAUCUGGACUACUGCUGAUGCUUACCCAUUACCAGAUUUAUACUAAUUGCAUGUAAAACCUUCAGACAGCCAGUAGCCGACUUACAUGCAUAACCAUUUUCUCAAACCUCUGCAAGUUUAGGAAAGUACAUAGGGUAUUUAGGAGUUUAAAAGUUGUUGACGAUGUCCGUAAUUUUGCAAAAAAAAAAAAAAGCUUGGUGAAAUAUCAAAACCAAAAAUUAUGUCAUGAUGUUUGAUUCUCUCUUUUUUUACCUGAAUCUUCAACCCCUGUGUGUGCAGAGACCAGAGCACUGACUGAGUAGACUAUGAUGAAGCCAGCAACACUCUGCAGAUUUUGUUUAUGCAUGAUGUUUCAGUUAUGAAACUGUAUCUCGGUGCUUAAAGAUGUCAUACGCAAAUGUGGACUCUAUUUUUAAAUGUACCUUUAUGAUACUGAAUAAUGAAGCCUGUGUGGUCAUAACCCUCAAACCCUCUGACCUCUUACUGACAUGUCAUCAUGAAUCAGUCAAGUGGCCUUCAACCCACCAUGCCUGAGUAGCUUUUCAAUCCUUUCUCACAUGAAAAAGAGAAUGGCACAUGGUUUAAGUGGGGUUUUUGGGGGGAGGAGGGGAGGGUGUUGUCAUGUGGUGUCAUGGGACUACAUGUUUAUUUCAAGUUUCUCACACAGUCUCAGUCUAAACCUUUAAAGCGUGUCAUGUAUCUGGUGCACCCGAGUUUUCUUAGUCUUGACGUAAUCUGCGGAGAAUUAGAUCAUGCACAUCUGAGUGAACAUGUCCAGAGCUACAGACGCAUCCCCCAGAGACAGGUGCAGGAGGUCAUGAAUUUAGAGCCAAGGAGUCCAGGUUGUUUUUGGUGGUUGUCAGCCACGGAGCUCUGUGAUGUUUUAAUUGUCCUGCAGACUUUUGAUUCACAAUAAUUCAAUGUCGUAUUUUAAUCUGCAAGUUCACAGCUUGUUCCUGUUUGCUGAAGGAUUUUUCAGUCUGGUCAAGAUCAAUCAGUCUUUUUUAUGUAGCACCAAUUCCCAACAAAUGUUAUCUCCAGACAAUUUUAAAAUAGAACAACUUACAAAGACCCAACAUCUAGAUAGGAUAGGAUUGAGUCUCAUCUUGUAAAAUAAGACCUGUGCUCUACCUGUCUUAAUCUGCCAUGAGCAAAACACUUGGCUUUAUUAGGUGAGUUGCAGUGGCAAAAAACAAACAAACAAUAAAACAAAACAAAAAAAACCCAACUCAUUUUUCACAGGCAGAAACCUCGAGCAAAACCACACGUGUUAGAUUGUCAUCUGCUGUUACUGUGUAUGGACAUUUGGGUAAUAGAUCUACAUGAAGAUUCAAGACACCACUAACUGAUAAAAACUGUAACCAGAAUGGUGCGCUUACCUUUCUGUACAUUUGAUUACUUCCAUAAUCAAAUAUAUGGUUAGUUGUGAUUUGAAAAUAAUCAUUUCCAACUGAUUACUUCACCACCUCCAAGGCUUAAAUACAGUCAAAAGAAAAUCAUUUUAACUUUUAAAUAUUUUGCAUACAGCAGUGUGUCCAAUGGCUCUCAGACAAUGAGGAAGUAUAAACAAAGGUCAAGUCAGAUUUAUAGGCUGGCUUGACUGACUAAAUCCAUGAAUCAUUUACAACAGACGCCCUUUAUGAUUGCAUUCCAGGAGAAAUCUCGGAAGUCAGAGGAAAGAAUCAUCUGAAACUUCGGCUUCCUUUGUUAAAUAUGCAUCUGUGUACGUGAUUAGUGAUUUUACAAAUGACUGAAUUAUUACCAUUAAAUAAGUGGUUAGUAAGUUAAAUGUGAAAUCCUGUUAUCUAAUGAAGCAGGGUUAAUAGUCCAGCUAUUCAAGCUAUGAAUGGUGGUGAGAAUGAAUGUUACGCUGCACACAGUAGUAGUGUGGUUAUAUCUUGCUUAUUAAUGAGUAAAUGAAUGAUGCAUCACUCAUAGGGAAAGACAAAGAGAAUGUGUGAACUGGCUGCUCUGGAUUUCCAGCUGAAUACAAAGAAGCUGCUUUGUUUUCAUGUUCAAAUGUGAGCACCACAAAACCCUUGGCAGAAACUCUGCUUUAGAAAAAAAAACAAAACUGUUUGUUUCCAGUCCUUUCUUUCAGGAGAGUCUGCUCUCAGGUCUGGCCAUCCCACUAAGUGCCCCAACUCCAAAGCAGAGUCCUUUUUGUUCAGCUCUGCUCAGACUAUCUUUCUUCUGAGGUUUUGAUGUCACCACUUUCAUUAAAAAGUGGACUUCGCAUUAUGAGAUACAAAGAGAUGUGACCUACAUAACGCCUCAUCUGUCCCGUGGGAGAACAGAAUUGAGAAAAUUUAAUUGACCCUCCGCCCGUAUCAUAUUGACAACACCCUGACAUGCCUAUCUAUAUGCAUGUGUAGAAUCCCUGCUUGCUGGCUCUCUUCACAGUUGUUAUGCUGAGAGAAACGUGAACCGUGUCCCUGUAGGAGCUGGUAUGUGGGUCUGAGUGAAGAAGUCUCAUGCAGACACAAUCUAUUACUGACCAGAUGAUAUGGUUAUUUUUCUUUCUGAUCCUCCUCUCAGUUUGGAGGCACCCUGCUUCUCACAGUAUCAAACACCCUCAAGGAAAACAUGAGCUGAUUUGAAUGUUUAUAGUUUUCUCCCUGCUGAUCCAGCUGUCUUCUCCCCCUCUCUUUUAGCUUUUGAUCAUUAGAUCACAGACUAUACCAUUAGAUACUCACAUUUAACUAUUAGUUUGGCUGUGCUAGCAGCAUAAGAAUAUCGAUCUGUCUGUCUCUUGGGCAGCUGGUACAUCAAUUUAAAAAAGGGUGUCAAAAAUCUUAACAACUAUUUGUUCAGAUAUUCGUGGUGCCUGGAGAAUUAAUUCAAGUAACUUGACCUUAAUUUCACUAACAGGACAAACUUCUCCUGUUACCAUCUCAACAUGCCAGACUAUUGAUGCUAAUACUCAACUGUGGUUAAUCUUAACCCUUUUUUUUGGCACUUUUUAUGCUUUUUUUGUAAAAUUUCUGUGUCCGCUUGCUUAGCCGCAAAUCAAAUAUUAGCAUGCUUCUCUGUUAGAUUAGGUUGCGCAAUAUAGCCCUCCUUUAUUUAUCACCAGUAUGUUAGCAGCACAGCUGUUACCGAGUUAACCUGCUGACUUUAGCAUUUAGCUAGCAAUACUGUUGUGAAACUCAACCUGACUGAGAAGCUAGCGCGGUUUAAUUCUUCAAAACAUGGUUUUGUUUUUACUGUUUUUCUUCCACAACAUUGCUAACUUUGCUGCUGAAUAGCUGCAUUCGUACACAUCAGCACGGUUGCUAACCAGUCGGUACGCAGGGCCUUGACUGUCCGAUGAAGAGGAUGUCAACCAGAUUUACAGCUGGAGACGAUGAGGAGAAAACACAAUUCAGCUCUGUAGCCUGAAGAUUCAUGCCCAUCCCUUCAUUUACACCCACAUGAAUAGGCUUUCAGAGGCGCUUAGUGUAUCAAAAUGUGAAUGUGCUUCUGUUUAAAUAAGCCCACACUCACAGGCUUGUCCUCGCUUGUGUUCUUGUGGUUAGAUUUUAAAUGGAUGCAGGUAGGAGAGCAAGAAUGUGGUGAUGGCUGGAGAGGCAAUAAUAAAAGGUAAAACAGAGGGUUGAGACAGGCUGUUUGGGCAGCUUAGCGUGGUCAAUGACCUGCAGUUAAUCAGGACCAUGUGCUCUGCUUGUGGGAAUGCUUUGCAUGUGGUAACAGCUUGGAAGAACAGGGUUGUUAUGGAUGGAGGGCUGGCAGGGGGAUUUCUUUGUGUUCAACACUGAUGGGCCUGAUGGGGAGGAAUUCUCGGCUGUAGUUGGUUUCAAGUAGGGGGUGGGAGGGGUGAUGGGGAUCGAGGGGUGCAGUUUCUGUUGUGCUGUAGCCUUGGGGGCCCUCUAGGGAACUUUGGCCAUUUGGCACUGACAGUAUGAAGGCUGGGAUUUAAAGGAAAGACUAGAAAGUAUGCCAACUGAAUCUGGAUAAAUCUUUAGGGCUGAGCAGAGACGAAGCCAUGAAGUGUCAUGUGACAAGAGUGAGAGUUUAUUGAGACUCCUGCUUUGAACAGUCCUGAAAGAAAGCGGCUCAGUGAGAGGUCCCAUUCAUUCCCGCUGUGAAAGAAGAUGCAAUGAGGCUGACGGUUCUUUGUUAACGUUCUUACUGUAAAGCUGUAGCUGAACUAUAUGCUGCACAGCACUUUAGCUCUUAACUAAACCUUUAAAAUGUGUGAAUGACAUUAUAAUUUAGCAUUUUCAAUUGUAAAAGUUUGUUUAUGAACAUUUCUAUUAAGGCAGAAACUAUAAAGCAGAUGUUUUAAAUGUUUGUAUUAUCCCUUAUUUCAGCCUUAAGAGCCCCGAAUUUGAUUAAAUCCAUUACCUUAUUACACAGUUUGUUUGUACAUUUUAGGAUGCAUAUUAAGGGAAAUAUUUGCAGAAGUUAUGCACAUUUUUUAUCAUUUGAAAACUGACUCCAGGAAAAUGUCUGUCCCACAGUAUUGGAUUACACCCGGCACACUGUGGGUCCGUCACGCUUGAACUUUUGGAAUCAGAGAUGGAAAAACUGCUGUGUCAACACUCUCUGCGUGUCCUUUCAACUGCAAACCUGCGGCUUAAAAUCACCUUUCUCUGAGACUACAGCUGCGACUAACACUUGUGUUCAGACACUUUUUGUUUUUUUUAAAGUCCUUGCAAACUUUCAUCGAUCACUUAAAAGUGACAAAAGUUCAAAUAUGAAUCCCUGUCCCAACUUGUUCUUAUACGUGCAGUUUCACAAUUUCUUCUACAAAUGUUUUGCAUGAAACUGUUCUGUUUAUCCUCAAAGAUGUGAAAUAUAAAACUGAUAGUGCAUAAUUGUUUGUUUUUAUCUCUGUACUUCAGUGAGAUGACUCAACCUCGGCCUCUGUUGCAGGUCUACAGAUCCCUCAGGCUCCCUACUCCAGUCUUUUAUGAUUUUAUUUUUUAUUACAUUCUGAUCCUUCCAGCUUUCAGAACAAAUAAUACUCCUUCUCAGGUGCUGCAUUUGUUUCUUCCUGAUAACACUUUCAUUGGUAGUAGAGGAGAGCUGGUAGGAGCAUUACACCCAGGUCUUUGCUUUACAGCUUUCUCUACUGUAAGUCUUUUCUGCUGCUGGCUGGCCUGCUUCAGCCCCAAUGGAGACAUAAAUCUAGUAGUUUAUCACAGCUGAUUUUCAUCUCAGCAGUGGAUUUCCUUCAGCUUUACCCUGAUGCAGAAGAAAAGUGUUCAUUCUUUGAAGACGUGACUGGAAGAAAACACAGAGAGAAACAGUGCUCUCUAAAUAAAUGACAAUGGAACGGUUUCUUUGGGCAUGCAGGGGGAACUUAUCCUCUUUUCCCUUCAAGGUUUGUAUAUAAAACACAACCUCAGGUUUAGGAAACAAGCAGAGGAGGGUUGACUUUAUUUGUAUCUUCAACUUGAUGAAUACCGUCUCGACAGUCAGAGCUGUGAAUUUUUAAACCAACACCCACAGAGUCUUUCAAAAGAGAAGAGAAAUAGUUUAGUGAAGUACACUUUAAAAGACAAAAACAUCUCCCCUUGGUGUCUGGUUUUACUAUAAAGUGUUUUCUGUUCAUGGCUAUGUACUGAGCGGGAAAAUAAGAUAAAACUGGUAUAAAAUGGUCACAGAAGACAGGUGGGUGAUCAAACAGUAUGGCUUCUAAUGUGCCUCAUUAGAUGUGUCAGCUAGUCUGCAGCGAAACACCGUCAACCAGGUGUGACUCAGCUCACUAAUGGCCCGCGCAUGUUGUCAAAUUGAAUCCCAGCUUGUGUGUAUUUUGAACUUUUUUUUUGUUUGUGUGUGUGUUCUCUAGGGCUUCACGACAGCGAGGACAUUCGCACGAUGAUGCAGGGCUCCAACAUGACGAAAGUUCGCUCCUCCAGGUGGCAGAAGAGCCGAAACCUCCGGCUGCUGGAGGAUGGACUCACAGUUUGGUGCGAAUCCACCAAGAGCUCCCGCAAAGCCAAAGCCCAGCAGACUUGUGAGUAUGGCUCAGAUAUGGCUGCAUGGUUAGUGAGAGAACUUCAGAGGAGUUGUAAGAAGAGCACCGAGUGAACGUUUUAGUAGACUUAUCAUCAGGGGGAGGACUUGAAUACUGUUAAAGAAAGUGAGCAACAAGAGGUGAACGAGGGAGAAAAACCAAGAGUGAUGUUGUUCAUGAAUAGGAACUGGCUUUGAUGAAAAGAGAGGAAACUUAAGCGAUAUCAGAUUAGUUGAAAAGAGCUUUGCCUGAAGGGACACUUAUCUACAGAGGGGGUAAUGUAGAAACAGCCCAGCAGGCCCUCCACCAGCCCUGCAUAGACUGGGAUGUGAGUCAGUGCGCUCAUUCAGCCAGCUUAUUGUUCAGAGUCGUUGGGCUGUUUUAUCUUGGCUCCAUCUAAUACCCUCUCCUCUGUUUUGUUUUACAGCUUGUUUCCUUAGAGAGUGUGGAGACUAAUCACUGGUCUCUACAAACUGCAAACGGCCUCAACAAUAAUCAUGGCUGAUUUUAUGUGUGCAAAGCUUUCAGUAACUGUAAAAAGGAACACAAACUUUUGAAUUGUAUUGCACACAGACGAUCAAAUCUAUAAUUUUCUUGGUACUUGACACCAGCUCUUUUCACAGAUUGCAAUAGCAUCCUAACCUAGAAAUGAUGGUGUCCCGGUGUAUGAUUUCAUGUUAGCCAUGGUCUAUUCAUACAUGCAAACACACAUGCACUGUCAUCGCGCCUUGAUUACUCUGCCAGCCCACAGCAAUCCCUGUCUUGCCUCUUUAUUUCUUUGUUAUUCUGUCCAGUGCUGGCAUAGUUUGUGCCUCUUGGUUGUGGAUUCAAGGGAUGGCCAGGGGGGCAUCUGACCAGGUCUAACACCGCUCAAGGUUCGUUAUGGGAUGCACUUGAUAGAUUAAAGAUCCUUGUGGUAACCUGCACAGACAGAUACUGUUAUUAUCAAGAUGAGAACUAAUUCGACUACACCGAUGUUGAAAUCUCAAAGUUUUGAAUGUAAUCAGGAUCUAAUCAACCCCUCCAGUCUUGGAAACUACGGGGCCUCUUGACAAUAAAUUGUUUUAUCAUUACAAGAUAAUAUGAUCAAAAACAAUAACAUGGUUCAAAAAAAUAAACAAACUAAGAAGAUGUUGAAUGUUUCUCAGACUGUGGAGGGAUUUUUGUGAGAUCGCUGAAUGAUUAUUUAUGCAAACUGCUUAUUAUUUUUGUGAGAUGUAACCAUAGUUACAUAAAGUUACUCCUUCCUCAAAAGUGAGUGGAGUCUGUCUGUGAGCUUUCAGCUUUACCUGAUCCUCCACCUUCAGAAAGGGAACUUUAUUAAGCUGUGGCCAUGACUUCAAACAGAGUGAACUCUGUACUGAGUGGGAAUGGUGAGGGCAGUUUGAGGAAGGGCCUAUAACUGACUGUUUACCUUGUCAAAAGCUACACUUGAGUAGAAUUCAACUAUUUGGGUUGUGUGUGUUCAACAGGUUGCUAGUUGCUUCUUGUUUUUCUUUGGAGAUGGUUUUCUUUUAAAGUGGCUUUGGACAUCUUUUUUAUUUUUUAAACAACAAAGUCAAGCAGAUUUGAAUGCUCCAGUCAAAGAAGUCUGCAUCUGCCACUGGUGUUUGUAAAGCACUAAAGAGGGUGAGAUGUCACAGAAGCAUAAAUGUUGCACCUUUACCUGGCAAUAGAUAGAAGUUUUAUUCUGUUUUCAGUACAUUUAGGGUUGAAUAGGACCCACAAAAUGCUGUGAGCAUACGGCACCAACUCAAGGUGACACAGCUGACUUCGGUGAUGACCAGAUUUUCAAAAUAUGAAUUUGCUCCCAUUUGGAUUAUUUAGUUUAGCAGUACAAGGUUGGAGAUGUCUUUUUUUCAGUCUGCUUUCUUUCGAAUGGCACUGCUCCAGGAAGACAACUACACUGCAAUUUAAAGAUAGUUUGUCCUUUAUUAGAUUAACAGUUUUUUGUGAGACUAUACUUGAUUUCUUUUAAUUCUAUGAACUUUAUAUGAUUAUUUCAUACUCUUCACUCUUGAGUAUUAAGACCUCAUAAAAAUAUCAAACUAGAAAAGCAAAGUAGAUCAUUGUAAAGACAUAAAAAGAGGAUUUCAAUUACAGGAUACUUUACCAGCCAUGUGCUGUUGUGGGACGUUGUGUCCCAACUUGAUGGAGACUCCAAUGAAGUUGAGGUUGUCACUAUGCAGAAUACGUCUCUGGUCAGAGUUGCCAAGCAUAGCUUCUUUGAGUUACAGUGUUAGUCUCAGUCACAAAAUAGAAAUCCUGGAAGAGUCAAUAGAACAGAUAGAUAAUGACUUUGCAUCUUCUUUGGUUUGUGAGACAUAAAAAUAGUUCAAAUGCAAAGAUGGGGGUUCUGCUCAGAUUCAAACCACCGCAGAGACUCAGGUCUACAGAUCUCAGGUUUUUACAUUACUCAUACUUUCCUUAUCAACACAAGAAAAAGUAUCAAGAUAAAAAAGAAAGUGCUCUGUAGAAAAUACCAGAGUGCAGAGCUAUUUAUGUAUCCUGAAAUGUGUUUGAGGUUUCUUUGUGUUUAAGAAAACUCUUUUCUGGAAAUUUGAACCAAAGGUGAAAAUAUGUCAGCUGACACCUGAGAUCCAUCUCCCUCACCCAGUUUUAUUUUCUUCUUUGCUGCUUAAUCUUUGCCCCCUGCCUCUCCUCCUGGUCUGCACUGCCCAUCCUGAUGCUGGAAUGCAAUUUAAUGCUAACCCCUGCUGGCCUUACAGAGCAGCUGAGUGGGUGAACUGGUUUGUGUGUCAGUGGCGGUGAAGGCUGUUCUUGAUUGUGCUGCAGCUGCUCCAGAAAUAGACGGCGGAGUGGUCGAGUUGCGGCGUGUGUAACACUCCUUACAAUGAUGUCAACAAGAGUGUGAGGACAGAUACCGAUAAUGCAAACACUGGCAGGCCACUGAGGAACGAAUCUGUGUGUGUUUUAGUGUGCGGCUGUGUGAAUCCAGAAGGAAGGCUUGGCUUGGGUCCUCUUUUCCAAAGCUCUAGGCGCUUUUCCAGGUCCAGUGUGAUCUGGCGCAUGCAACUAAGUGCUAAGUCUUCUGCUUAAAAGCACUUGGCACACAUUACAACAGUUAAAACACACACGCACACACAUACAUGCCGCUUUUGCCAUGUCUCUGGGAUAACCGCACAGCAGGAAUGUGGAGUAAUUUUGAAGAGGUGGACAGCAGAGGCCUUAUGAUCUCCAGCCGUAGAAUGAAGCUAUUGUCAGAGCAGACACUUCUUUCUUUUUUUACCCAGCCCAGCGAUCACCACUCUGCAGGCAUCCCACAUAAAGAAAAAGGUCAAGUUGUUGUGUUGGCAUCAGAGAGUGCGGGUUUAGGUUUUGUUGUGCUGUUCCCUGAGUUACCUUAGAUCAACGUAUAUGAGUUAAACAGAUCAACAGAUCAUGUCUGUUCAAGUCUGAAAUAAGUCACCUAUUACUGCAAAGAAACUUAGAGACAUUCAUGGUGCUCAGAGUUGAAAUCUUUCAGACUGCUAAUCCACUGACUAUUCCUCUCUAUCAGCAGGUUCAAAAAUGAAAACAUUUACAACAAGCGCACUAAUCUUUUAGUAAAUGUGAACCCUACAUUUUUUUUAUAGUUUAGAGCAAUUAUUGGGUGAAGUUUCCUCCAAGGCUGCAGCUAUUUAUGUUGUUCAUAAGCUAUAGCUAAUCGAUAGUUUGCUUAAUUAAACCCUAUUUUUACAGAAUCGUAACCAUAGACUGUAUAUACUAUGGACAACUUGGCUCCGCCUUCUGUCAUUACACAAAUUUGAAGCCGAAUUGCUCUCGGUAUUUCCUCGAUUUUCUCCACUUCCUGGAACCUCCACUUGCACAGUAGCAUUGAACGCAUUUGGCAAAGAGGCGCCGAGAUUCGCUGCUCGGCUCAUACAGCGUAUCUUCCGGGUGAGCUACGCAAUCUUUGUACACCCAUAGGCUGUAUCAAGUGUCAAUCAUAGAAAACGUGAACCCCCCUAAUAACUUUUAAAAAUGGAGCUGCACAGAAAAAAGAGGACUUGAGCACAAACCAGUCUUACAGUGACUACAUGUCAACAUCACAACCGGGGAGGAGAAAAGUGUAUAUUCUGUGUAAUUGAUUUCUAAAGUUUGUCCACAGCUCCAUAGGGAUUGCUGGAGGAGGCGGAAUUUAUGACCUAUACUGCACCCUGUCACCAGAGGGUGCUGUUCUCGCUGUGGCUUCACCCAGCGAGUAGGCAGACAGCAUCCAUUCUAUAUAGAGUCUAUGAUCGUAACAAAAAAACGCUGAAGCCCUUUCCCCAGACACUUCGAUUAGUUUUAAUUUCAACAAUUUUAAUAAAAAGCUCGAUUAUUGCAGACCCUAGCUUUCUCCAGUAGAUGUCAGCAUCAGCAGCUAAUGCUAACAUAUCCUCCCAGAGUGUUAGCGAGCCUGUUGCUCCUUCUUUUGAACUUUUCCUAAUUCAAAUGUAUGAAUUCACGAGCACAUUAUUAAUGCAGAGAAAGCAGCUCUUUAAAACCCAUGAGAAGACCCGGCUCUUUGAGUAUCAGUUAAGAAGUUGCAGGUCAAAGAAUGAUGUUUGGGGCUUAACAAUAUACAAUACUGUCUGAGCCCAGUUGCUAUGAGAGUGUAAGCGAUGAAGUUUCUGAAUUCCUGUAAAUGUGUGAUUGACCUUUGACUGCUCUGCUCCAUGUGUUGUUGUGAUUUCCUGAGUUUUCUCAACAUUUCUUACUUCUCUGAACUCUUCCUCCCUCUCUUGUCACCUUUCCUCUCUCAGUUGCUGUCACAGAAGUAGAGUGUGUGCGUGAAGGCUGCCAGUCGGAGACGCUGAGGCGACUGUCGGGCUCCGUGCCUGAGAACCAGUGCUUUACUGUCGUUUUCAGGGGUGCCAGGAAGAGUCUGGACCUGCUGUGCCCCUGCGAGGAAGAAGCUCAGCGCUGGGUACGAGGGCUUCGUGCUUUGAAAGAGCAUGUGGCCAACAUGACGCAGAAGGAAAAACUGGACCAAUAUCCUGCCCAAUUUCCAAUAUGCCAACAUAAAUAUAGUGCGGCUUGAGCAGUAACUGACUGUGGUGUCAUAUGUACCACCUUACGUCCACAGCAUAGCUAAGAAGAGCAGUAAUGACUUGAUAAAAAAGCCUCUCUAAAUAUAGUCAACCACUGGUGUAGGUUUCAGAUGAAGGUUUUCUGCCUCUCUCUCAUUCCCCCCUCAUUCUCUGUUUAUAUUUCAACAUCUCAGUCAUCUGGGUAGUGAUGGUGUUUGUGCUGUCUUGUCACCAUGAUUAUUGUGUUUCGUUCUGCAGGUUUCAGAGGCCCAGGUGAUGUUUGUUUUAAAUGGUGUGAUGUGAAUGUGUGGGCUUUCUCUGUUACAAUGACAACUGCAGGCACAAGUGACAGCGAUCUAAAAUUAGUGUGUUGUUGUUAUUCACUUGUUUCUGCAGAAGCAGUGCAUUAUAUUCAUGUGACAGACACUCACUACUAAACCAUCAGUAUUUUUACUUGUUAUACUUCAAACUUAGUCCAUCUAAUACUGCAGUUCUGCGAUAAACCCCACCUCCAUGAAGACACUGAUGCUCAGUUUUAUUUCAGUGAGCCUGAAUGUUAUUGAGAUAGACCUCUAGGAGUAUACUGUGUAUUGUUUUAUCUAUCCCAUUUAUAUCAGCCAUGCCUCGUAUCAGAAAUGCAUUACAGUGCGAUAACUGAUUCAGUAUCUCCUGAUAUGAAUAAUAGAAACCUUGUAUGGGGAGAUUUUAUUACAGGGCUCUUGUAUUAAACUGAAAUAGACUCUGCCAAACCAGAUGUGCGCGUGUAAAUGACUGAUUUUUAUAUUGAGUGUGAGGGAGAGUGUUAAAAAGCUUCACUGAACUAAAUGAUUGAAUGUGUCCAGCUUUGCUAGUCUACACCAGAAUUACUCAUCAGUUAAACUAAUUAGUGAUGUUUUUACUAAUGUAGGCCCAAAAUGCAAGUUAAAUGUGUCUAAGCUUCGGCGUAGCCACAUGCUCUCACUGGGGGCUAUAGCUCUGGUCAAAUGCUGCUGUAAAUACUGCUGUACUGGGACUGCAUAUAUGUGAGAAGCCAGAAUCACCUCAGUGGUUGCUGACACACUGAGCUAAUGGAGCCAAAGUGAUUUGGCUGGUGGAGGCGUGGGACUGACGUCACACCCCCUUCACUUACUGGUUUGAAGCAGGCACUCAUGCUUUUAGGAGGUUUAAUGACUCUUGCUUAAGUGUUCAUUAAGUUUUCUCAUCUCUCUUCAGCUAAUCCGUCAAAAAAACACCACAGGAGCUUUAUUUAAUAACAGAGCUGUUAGCAAGUCAUCUUUUAAACAUCUAAUACUUAAUUGAAAUAACCUUUCUGAAAAAACACUUGAAAAUAAAGCAGCAUGGUAAGAACUAACUAUAAUGACAGAAACCAUGUUUAAAUUUCAUAGUUUGAUUUAUGUCCCAUCUGUUAACAUGGAGCACAGGUCUAUGAUCUUUACACCAACCAGUCAGUAGGGGGGGCUCUGACUAAUUUGGCGUCUUUGGCGAUGAACUUGUGUUCAUUUUAAGAUGCAGUCUGUGCUGCAUGCAUCAAACUGGCAUCCUAAAACAAUGAAAGAAAGUAUUUCUUUUGUUCUUUUCUGUUUUGGCAACUGCUUUUAUUCAAGUUAUGAUCAUCUGAUAUGAAGUUAAAGCCUAAAGAAAACAAUGAAGUCCAUUCAUUGUUAGUAGGGGAUGGGGUAUAUCAAAUAUAUGGAUGCAUGUCCGCUCAGGGCUUCUGUGGAAAAGGAAGGAGGGAAAAACCAUGGGUGGGUCCAGCUACGAUUUGGCUCUGGGUGGGACUCCACCAGCACAAACAAUUGGUGUUUUGUGAUUUAAUAACAAAUGAAAGCUAUGAGUCCAAUGAACUUCCCUGAUUUUAGGAUGUUUUGAUUCCUUAACCCUUGACACUUGGAUCAGAGGCUACCUGAGGCGGGCAGAUCAGAACCAGGACGGCAAGAUGAGCUAUGAUGAGGUCAAGCGCCUGCUGCAAAUGAUCAACAUCGACCUGAGUGAGCAGUACGCCCGCUCUUUGUUCAAGGUCAGGGGCAUCAUGGGUAUACAAUUUGUGUUUUUUAAGACUAGUCGAAUAUAUAACUCUCAUGAUCGGGUGAUAAAAGUUAACUGAGUUUGUUGUACUGUGACAUCCCAGUGUCUAAAGCAUUUGUACCAUUACCAAAGCAGCAGCUGUGAGGCACUGUGCUGCCCCCUCAACAUCUUUAUCCCCUCCUACAACAAAUCAAGAGCCAGUUAUGUCUUUAUUGCGGUGGAUUAGUGCCUGCUAUGUCCCUCAGUGCUCUAUUAUGGCUGAAUUGUUGGUUUUUAUGUGCCUUCCUGAUGCAAUUUUCUAUACUGACCCUCCUCAGAGGGUGAUAUUUUUAAUUUAAGUCUGCACAGCUGAAUCAAUUCUCAUGGAGAUUCUUUCCCCAUGGGUUUCUUGAACCACACCUAAAAGCAUAGCACACUGUUUUUGACGCAAGGCCCUUUAUCUCUGUGUGUGCUCAGUUGUUUUUGUUUUUUCUUCACCCACCCUUUUCCUGUUUCCUAGAGGUGUGACCGAUCCGGGGAUGGUCGUCUGGAUCAUAUAGAGAUCGAGGAGUUCUGCAGGGAACUGCUGCGCCGGCCUGAGCUGGAUUCUGUGUUCAGACACUAUUCAAGUAAUGGCAAUGUGCUCGCCACCGCUGAGCUGAGAGACUUCCUGGGAGACCAAGGAGAAGACGCCUCACUGAAUCAUGCCCAGAGCCUCAUACUCACCUACGAGCUUAAUGAGUGGGGUAGGUCCCAGACACAGUCAUUAAGGGCUUUAGAGAGAGAGCCCACAACAGUUUGAUAUAAACACUAAGAUUAUUAUUUGGUGCUGCCUCUAGACUAUCAAAACAGUGAUUCAACCUGAACCUGUGAAUGCUAUUCUGAAUACAAACAAAACAAAUCAAAUACCACUGAACAAUGUGGUAAACUGUGUUUUGUGCAAUGAGAGUGGUUUGUUUUAACUUAAAACUACAGCUUCAUAUGGUUGAUACACAACAAAACUAUCAUACUUUAUUGAUGUUAAAGGCAAAGAAAAGGGAGUGAAGGUGUUCAUCAUUUUCUUCAGUUCAAAUCCAAAAAGUGAAAAUGAGUCAUAUCAAUGAGAGAAGCUGCAUUUAGGUGAUUCAAGAGCUACUCUUACUCAAAUAUGUCAUGAGGAAAGAUGUGUAUAUGAUGAUGAAUCUCUAUUUAGGGCGAGUUGAUGAAAAUGAGUACACUGAUAAGUCACAUAAGCCUGAUGUGACAAAAGAAAGACUGUUAUAUGUCACAGCUGUGUUAAAGCAGAAGGAAGUGUGUUGAAUCAUCAAAAAGAGGAGCCCUGGUAUAGUUUUAUUUGGACAAUCUACAUGAGGGAAGAGAAGUAGGCUGGGUUUUAUUGAACAGCUGCUCUUCAAGGACUCAAUUAAAAGACUUUUCUACCUCCUGCAGCUCAGAAAAACCUGUUCAUGACCCAGAACGGCUUCACCAUGUACAUGCUGUCCCGGGAGAACGAUGUGGUUAACCCUAUCCACACAAAAGUCUACCUUGACAUGACCCGCCCUUUGACACACUACUUCAUAUCCUCGUCGCACAACACUUACCUUACCAAGGACCAAGUUACAAGUGCCAGCAGCACAGAGCCAUAUAUCAGGUAAUCAGACUGCAAACAUGAACCACCACCACACGUUUCAGCAGCGGAUGGUGUUUGAUUAUGAGUGUGUGUUUCCUCGGCAGGGCUCUGAAUCAGGGCUGUCGCUGCGUGGAGCUGGACUGCUGGGAUGGAGAUAAAGGAGAGCCUGUCAUCUACCACGGCCACACUCUCACCUCCAAAGUGCCUUUCAAGGAGGUUAUUGAAACCAUCAACCAGUAUGCUUUUAAGGUAACUGGAGCAACAGCACUAUAUGGUGUAAAUCCUCAGCUAUGACAGUUAGCUUCGCUGCUUUCGUUAGAGGUAAUAAAUAAGUGAGCAGUAAACAAACCCAGAUUCUCUUGCUCCUUGAUUUGACAGCCUACUUGGCUCAUAGGCAACCUGUCAUGUUUUGGUUUUACAGUGUUACAUUCUGCAUUGCUAUUAUGUGAACUAAUCACAUUUUAAUUGCAUGGCAUUUGAGUUGUCCUGUGUUUCUCCCUGCAGGCGUCCCCAUACCCUCUAAUCCUGUCCUUGGAGAAUCACUGCUCUGUAGAGCAGCAGGCCGUCAUGGCCAAACACCUCCGCACCAUUCUGGGGAGCAAACUGCUCACCAAGCCCCUCAGUGACCGGCUGCUGAAGGAUCUGCCUUCUCCUGAGGUACCUCAAACACGCACAGCUGGGUCUUUUUUUUCAAAGGACUCCGGCUGUCUGUUUUUCUAAUGAGGCAAUUUGUUCCAAAAACUUUCUUGCAGGAGCUAAAAGGGCGUAUUCUGGUGAAAGGGAAGAAGCACACUCCUCACCUGGGCCAGCUGGGUAAGAAUGGGAGCUGUGCCAGCUUCUCCUCCAGCUCUGAGGACGAGCUAGCAGGGAGUAAUAAGAAUACACCUAAAAAGGAUCCAGCAAAGGUCAGUUGGAGGAUACUUUAGAAGCUGUUAAAGUGAACUUCACAGAUAAUUAACCAAUUUUCUUUCAUGUUUUUCCUCCCAGGUCUGUUCCAAACUGAGUACUGAGCUAUCAGAGCUGGUGGUCUACUGCAGGAGUGUCCCCUUCCGUGGGUUUGAAAACAUUGCCCAAAAACCUCCAAAUGAAAUGUCCUCCUUCUCGGAGAGCGAUGCCCUGAAGCUCAUCAAAGACACGGGUACAGCAUUGGAAAAUAAUUGCAUACUGACACGACACAGAGAGUCAGGAAGAUUUUAUGACAUUUUUCUGCUGCAGCUGAUUCUACUAGAAAAUACCGUCAGCCUCCAGAGUAUCAUGACAUGUGGUUUUCUGUCUAUUCAUUUGCAGGAAAGCUUUUUGUGCGACACAACAGCAGGCAGCUGAGCCGGAUCUACCCCUCCGGCCAGCGCUUGCAAUCAUCCAACUAUGAUCCUCAGGAAAUGUGGAACGCUGGCUGCCAUAUGGGUUAGUACUCCAGACUGGAAGUGAGGAUGCUGCUCUGAUGGCAGAAAAUUAAGGCAAAUCAUUUGAAACACAUUUUCUGGUCACUAAGUGCCGUAGAAAUGUGAUACUACCCCUCGUUUCUGCAAAUUGGUGUAGCAUUAGACAUUGAUGCCACUCCAGCGUUCAGUGAUGCUGGUGCUCUUUUACUGACUCCUUUCUCUGUGUCUCACAGUUGCUCUGAACUUCCAGACCCCCGGGGAGCAGAUGGACCUGAACCAGGGUCGCUUCCUGUCCAACGGUCGAUGUGGAUACGUUUUAAAACCAAGCUUCCUGUGCAGCCCAGCAUCCAACUUCAACCCAGAGAACACGGGAGGAGGCCCCGGUCACAUCCCUACACAGCUGACCAUACGAGUGAGAGGAAGCUAGUGAAGAGCUGUUUUUAGUGUUGACUAUGUUGUUUAUUAAGAUCUCUUCUUUGCUUAUUCUCCUGACACCUCUGACCCUUAAUGUUCUACAUAUUGAAUGUGGCUGACUAACUUUGUAACCUACUCAUUGCCUCAAAAGCAACUGUUAGAUUUGGCUUAAUUGAAAUUUAGGCUGCCGUUUUAAUGACAACAGCUUGCAAGCAGACAGGGAACACAAAACUGGCUGUCAAGAGAAGUCACAGAAGGAUUGCAUGCUGAUUUAAAGAUUAGCAAAGUGAAGAUAAACUUGGCAGUAGAUAAACAUAAAAUUCUGCCAGCUUAUUUUUCAUAACUGCAUUUACAGCUGUAACAUUGAUGCAACAAUAAAUCAAGAGUCAACUCAUUCCGAGGCCUUAAGGGUGCAACUUGCUCUGACCUGAAUAUUAAUUUGAUAGAUUAUGCAUCAGAAGUUGAAGUGAAAAUGGACAAAUUACCCUGUCUUUUCAGAUAAUAUCUGCACAACAGCUGCCAAAAAUCAAUACAGACAAGGCGAGCUCCAUUGUGGACCCACAAGUGUGGGUGGAAAUUCAUGGGGUGGCCAUUGAUAACGCAAGAGACAAAACUCAGCGCAUUGACAACAAUGGUAAAUAUUAGACUUCUUAAAUCACAAGGUUUGACCUUAUAUAAUUCACUGUAUUUUUUCAACACAGAGCCAAAACUGUAUUUGGAUUCACAUCUAUCAUGAAAUGUAAUCAUGUUGUCACGACUGACUGUUAAUAUUCCAGUGAAAAUAAAGUUAAAAAAGACAUAAGAUGAUAAAGUGCAGGUCCUUGACAUAUUAUUGCUGAGGUAUUUCCUGUCCAAUGCCAUGAUUCAUUUGUCAACGCAUUCACAGCUCUUGUGCACCCUCUACAGGUUUUAAUCCACGGUGGGACUGCACUCUGAGCUUCCAGCUGCAGGUUCCUGAACUGGCCCUGGUGCGGUUUGUAGUGGAGGACCACGAUCACACUGCCAAAAAUGACUUUGUGGGACAAUUCACUGUGCCAUUCACGAGUCUAAGAACAGGUGCACAUAGAGAUCCUUAUGAUAUAAAACAAGCAUUUCUGUUUUCCGCUUUGUUAAGUGUGUGUUUUACUCUUGCUUCUCAGGUUAUCGACAUGUUCAUUUAUUGAAAGCAGAUGGUUCUAGUCUGUCCCCGGCCACACUCUUCAUCCAUGUCAAAGUGAGCUGCAAAGGGGUCCGCAUUAAAAGUGUUUCUGAAAGAAUGGCCAUGGUCAAAGGCAAGGCAUGACGAGCAACUGAACAUGAGGAAGAGCUGCAUUUACCCAUAAAAGGCUGCUGCUUCUGCUACUGCCAGACCUCGAGUGGUCCAAUUUACACUGAUCCAUUUCUCAAUGCAGGCAGAAAGAUGUCAUUUAUCAGAGGAGAAGAAGCACACAGGCUCUUAGCAAAUGAAAGGCCUCAGGCUGGGUAAUGAAUCCAGGAUACAUUGUGAGAGUGUCUGGUCAUGUCAGUGCUGAGUGCUCUGGAAACAGAAGACUGAAGAUAGUGGAUUAUAAAGACAUACAGAUCUGGAAAUGUGUUACUGAUUUAAGUGGCUUUUGUUAAGUCUUAUGUAUACAUGAACCCACAAUCCCACAGAAAAAGGGAAUAUUUUCUGUUGUAGCGAUUUGAAAUGAGCCUCACAAGGCCGCACCAAAAUAAUACUGCAGCGAUUGGAAUUUAUAAUAAAUGUCUGAAGAUUAAUAAUCUCAAAUUAUGACAUUUAUGCACUCGUUGAAAGGGGCACCACCCACCCUUAAUGGUGGGAAAAUAAAGAAAACAAAAGUUUAAUUCAGAAAUCAAACAUCAAGUCAGUUUUAAUUAAUCAGUCUUAAUUAAUCAGUCUUAAUUAAUCAGUCUCAUAUCUUAAGUCGAAAUUCUAAUUUCAGGGACUCCACUUCUGGAAGAACACUAACAGUCAAGAACUUAGAAAAAUAAUGAUCUGUUUAUUACAGGAUAAAUGAUGGUACAACACACAUGCAAUAAAUGAUGAUAAGAUAAUGAGGAUAAAAUAAUAAUAAGUGAAUAAAUAAAGAUUCUGAGUCAGGCUAGGAGCACUAAAGUUAAUGAUAGUGAGUGAAUAUGCGCUAACAUAUUAACCUACACUAACUUUAGUGUCGAGAUAAACUCGGAUGUGGAUUUGGAGGAAUCUAAGAUUACCAGAAUAAGAGGAUAUCUGAGCUAUGAACGCAGGAAACAGCACCAGCCCUCUUUAGAGCUCUGGAGGUUUGCAUACUUAAGUGAGACUGGUCCUUGGAGAAGAUGGAGCAGGUUCCGAAGGUCCGGGGCUACUGGCGGUUCGAGCGGUUCAGCUCAGAAGACGACUGAAGUCAGCCGAAGGAUGAGCCAGGAGUUGCAGCACUCAGGCCCGAAGCAAAAACCAGCGCCUGUGGAUCCUGUGGAUGCUCGUUUGGGUACUUCUUUAGUCUCACUCAAAAACUCUGGCACAGAGGAUGACCUGGGCCUGUUGGAUUGCGUUCGGAGGUGACUUUGAAAUCACGCAGAAAACUCAGAAAGACGAGGCUCGAAGAGCAGAGAAAACUUUCAAAAAUGGCUUCGCGAAAUUAAAGAAAAUCAAUCAAAGGCUUAAUCUUGAAUUGCUAUGUGCACAAAAAGUUGAAGUUUCAAAACUUGAACUAAGACGAUGUUAAAGAAAAAUCAACGUGAAUCAACACGUGGCGUAAAACUUAGAAGACUAAGAAAAAGUUCUAAGAGAAAACAAAGAAACGCACCACAGAAGGGUGUGGACAGAAGAGAAGGGGCAUAAGAGCCGGGGACAAGAGAGUCAGCAGAAGAGCAGAAGCAUAAGAGAGAUAAGAGAUAAGAGAUAAGAGAGUGAGCAACCCCACUCCACUGGUUUUAUCUUCUCACACUGGGAGUGUCUGAGGAGAAAAAGGAGGGGUCAUCG